CCCGCGCGCGCGCUCGCCAGGGGCAGGAGCCGGCCUCCUGCGCAGCUCCCCUCGGCCGCCGGGGGCCUCCCCGCGCCCCGCCGGCCUCCAGGCCCCCUCCCGGCUGGCGAGCGGCGCCACAUCUGGCCCGCGCAUCUGCCGGGCCGGCAGGCGCGAGGUCCCGAGAGGGCGCGGCGCGGAGGCGCAGCCGGGGCUCCGGGAGGCGCCGUCCGCUGCGCUCGGGGCUCGGUCUAUGACGAGCGGCGGGGGCUGCCAUGGGUCGGGGGCUGCUCAGGGGCCUGUGGCCGCUGCACAUCAUCCUGUGGACGCGCAUCGCCAGCACGAUCCCGCCGCAAGUUCAGAAGUCGGACUAUUACAAAAUAUCAUUGGAAGAUGCAGUCAAAGAGUAUGCAAUCAAAAAAGUUAAUAAUGACAUGAUGGUCACGGACAACAAUGGUGUCAUCAAAUUUCCGCAAUUGUGUAAAUUUUGCGAUGUGAGAUCUUCCACCUGUGACAACCAGAAAUCCUGCAUGAGCAAUUGCAGCAUUACCUCCAUCUGUGAGAAGCCACAUGAAGUCUGUCUGGCUGUCUGGAGAAAGAAUGAUGAGAACAUAACACUAGAGACGCUUUGCCAUGACCCCAAGGACACUUACCACGGAAUCGCUCUUGAAGAUGCUGCUUCUCCAAAGUGUAUUAUGAAGGAAAAAAAGGUGUUGGGUGAGACUUUCUUCAUGUGUUCCUGUAGCUCCGAUGAGUGCAAUGAUCACAUCAUCUUCUCUGAAGAAUAUGCCACCAACAACCCUGACCUGUUGUUAGUCAUAUUCCAAGUGACAGGCGUCAGCCUCCUGCCACCACUGGGAAUCGCCAUAGCCGUCAUCAUCACCUUCUACUGUUACCGCGUUCACCGGCAGCAGAAGCUGAGCCCGUCCUGGGAGACCAGCAAGCCGCGGAAGCUCAUGGAAUUCAGCGAGCACCUGGCCAUCAUUCUGGAAGACGACCGCUCUGACAUCAGCUCUACCUGCGCCAACAACAUCAACCACAACACAGAGCUGCUGCCCAUUGAGCUGGACACCCUGGUGGGGAAAGGUCGCUUCGCUGAGGUCUACAAGGCCAAGCUGAAGCAGAACACUUCAGAGCAGUUCGAGACCGUGGCAGUCAAGAUCUUCCCUUAUGAGGAGUACGCCUCCUGGAAGACGGAGAAGGACAUCUUCUCAGACAUCAACCUGAAGCAUGAGAACAUCCUGCAGUUCCUGACGGCGGAAGAGAGGAAGACAGAGCUGGGGAAACAGUAUUGGCUGAUCACCGCCUUCCAUGCCAAGGGCAACCUACAGGAGUACCUCACGCGGCAUGUCAUCAGCUGGGAGGACCUGCGCAAGCUGGGCAGCUCCCUCGCCCGGGGCAUAGCUCACCUGCACAGCGACCACACCCUGUGUGGGAGGCCCAAGAUGCCCAUCGUGCACAGGGACCUCAAGAGCUCCAAUAUCCUCGUGAAGAAUGACCUGACCUGCUGCCUGUGUGACUUUGGGCUUUCCCUGCGCCUCGACCCAACUCUCUCUGUGGAUGACCUGGCCAACAGUGGGCAGGUGGGAACUGCAAGAUACAUGGCUCCAGAAGUCCUAGAGUCCAGGAUGAAUUUGGAGAACGUUGAAUCCUUUAAGCAGACAGAUGUCUACUCCAUGGCUCUGGUACUCUGGGAAAUGACAUCUCGCUGUAACGCAGUGGGAGAAGUGAAAGAUUACGAGCCUCCAUUUGGUUCCAAGGUUCGGGAGCAUCCCUGUGUUGAGAGCAUGAAAGACAACGUGCUGAGAGACCGAGGGCGACCAGAAAUUCCCAGCUCCUGGCUCAACCACCAGGGCAUCCAGAUGGUAUGUGAGACUCUGACCGAGUGCUGGGACCACGACCCUGAGGCCCGGCUCACUGCCCAAUGCGUGGCGGAGCGCUUCAGCGAACUGGAGUACCUGGACAGGCUCUCAGGGAGGAGCUGCUCCGAGGAGAAGAUUCCGGAAGAUGGCUCACUGAACACUACCAAAUAGCUCUUCUGGGGGCAGGCUGGCCUACGUCUGAAGAGGCUGCCCCUGUCACCAAAGAACAAGAGGCAGCAGGAGGCUGUCCCUGAACCUGAACCAAUGCUUCCUGGAAGCCCGGGGGUCACUGCCCUCCCUAUAAGCUGGUGAGGCUGAGCGGAACCACCAGCAGCAGGGAGUGGGUGACAUGAAGCAUUCUAUGCCUUUGACUUUGUCAUAGGAUAAGCUGUGUUAGCACUUCCUCAGGAAAUGAGAUAGCCAAUAACAUUUGCACUUUAUUAAUGCCUGUAUAUAAAUAUGGAAUAGCUAUGUUUUAUAUAUAUCUAUAUAUGUCUAUAUCUAUAUAUAUACAGCCAUACUCUGGAAGGAGACAAGGAAAAUAAAAUCAAAUAUACCAGGAAACUGGUUUGUUUGGAGAGCUCUGGAACCAGGCACAGAAGGAAGGGAUCCGUGACAGCAUUAGCACUUGACAAUCAACGUGGGCGCUGGUGUUCGGCCUGCCCGAGGUGGGGGCUCUGUUUUAGGAGAGGGGCUCCGAGUCUCAGAGCCCGCCGUGGCCACGCCGCGCUGGCUUUUGCAAAAUAGUCAUUCCCUGCGCGGCGGUUCUUUUCUGGCUAUGGAGCCAAUUAGCAUCCCACUGUUUGGGGACCAGAUCCUGGGGUUCCUGUGUGCCCCUGCGUGUUCCUGGACUUUUCACUUGAGCUUCAAGCCCACAUCUGGUUUGUGAGCCACUUUCUUCAACCAGCUCAGAAACCCUAUCCCAUCUUUGAGAGUUGAAAAUUGCGAGCCCAGUUUUUCACCUUCGCAGGCGUCACAGGCAUAAAAAUCAGGACAAGUUUCCCCACUUAGGAAAUCAUCACGUAUUCUACUAAGGAGAGAUCACUCUUUCUUUUCUUUAAAAGAAAACCCCCGACCCCUUAUCCCCCUGCCCCCAUACCUAUGCUACUAUAUUCCCAUGCUACUAUAAAAAUUUGUUCCCUUUCCUUAAAGAGAACAAAUCUCCCCCCUGGGGUUCAUUGUGUUCGGUUUUUCAUCAGGCUUGGUUCGAGUCUCUAGCUUUCUAUGCAAACACCCGUGGGUUCCAUCUGUCUGGACUCCUGAAUGCUCAGGUACCUUUUGGCCUCGUCAGGAGGAUUUGAGCCGCACAGCAUUGCCGUGGUCAGAAGUGUUUCCUCAAGCACUCUGAACAUGUGUUUUGUUUGGCCAGCAUGGCAUUUGACAAAAUUGAGCCACUUCUUAAAUAUUUGGAGAUUUUGAAAAAAAAAAAAAAAAAUCUGGAUCUCGCAAGUGAGGAUAGAUAGCAGAUGGUUUCCACGAUUCCCCAGUCCACAUCAUUCACAAAACGAAGGUGUAGACACACUUAUAAAGCUGCUUUACUUCUUGAUGUAAACAUUUGCCUUUUCCACUGCCCACCCCCAUCUGGGUAUUAAAUCCACCCCAAACCAAGGCUUCUUGUAAGAAAUGUACUUUCCUUCAGCCCUUCUCUGGCUCUAUGAGCUUGAGUCCCUCCCUCUUCCUGGUCUGGUGUUAGAUUUGAAGUUGGUCUUUUUUCAGACUGAAGGGGACCCCCUCUAAGCGGUCCCAGGUAAGCCAAAUCUAUUUUUGUCUAUAUAUUAAGAGCUUUGCCCCUCCCCCCGCAUUAGGAAGGGAAGCUCUUAUCGAGAAGGUUUUGCCACGGUUAUCUUUCUCGCCACCAUACCAUCCCUUUGCAGGAUUUGCCGGCAAGGACUUGAAUGUGGGACACAGGAGUCCCAUUUGCAGUUAGGAAAUCUGUGUCCAUGUGGGCAAGAACAAAGAAUGAGCUUUAAUACUCCAUAGGAACUCGUUAAUCCACAAACAAGUGUUAAUGCUGCC